GGGAGCAGGUGCAGGGACCUGGCAGCCGUUGUCACAAUGCGUCACCACAUGGAGAGCAAUCAGGGCUGGCUGCAGAGCAUAAAUACACAGCGCUGCUCCAGGGAGCCCUGUCGGUCCCACCAUGUCGCUCUGGGAGGAGAUGCUCUGCCCCCGUGCGCUCCAGGGUAAUGGCUCCAGGGACAUCUUCCUCCACGUGGUGACCCCUGACCGCAUCCCGCAGUUUACUAUCCCCUCUCUGGACAACCACAAGAAGCAGAGGCGCUCAGGCAAGGGGAAGGGGCAGCUGGUGGGGACGGCUUGGAGGAGUGGCUGGGACUCAACAGCGGAGGAUGAGCACGGUGUGCCUGGCUCUAUGUCGUCCUGCUCCAACGCCGGGCUCGCUGCCGCUGCGCAGGCUAUGCCAGACCCCAGUGCUCGGGCAGCUCUGUCCCUGCCCCAUCUCCCUAAGGUCACCACCCCAUAUGGCUUCGUCACCCUGGGGCAGAGCCCCCAGGUCACCAGUGAAGAGGCACUGUUUUUUCACUCGGGCUCAGGUUUCCCUCGAGAACCCGCUGCUGAGGUAGAGCCCAGCUGGCAGGAGGAGCCAGGAUGCUGCAGGCACCCAGGGGUGCCUGUUGCUGGGGGAGGCGGCUGCUCCCGGACCAGGGGGGGGCUGAGGGACCACAAGCAGCCGAGUCCCCAUGCCAGGAGUCACAAGGAUGGCGGAGACAGCCAGGCCUACAGGACUCCAGCAGGGCUUCCCCUGCUCAGCAGAUGUGCCAGCCCGCUCAGAGACAUGCAAAUAACGGAUGUUCUGGAAAGCAAAGAGGCAGAGAAGAGAGAGACGAGGCUCCUGGGGGUGGGCUGUCAGAGGAGCAGCUCCAGCCUGGAGCUCCCCACUGGGACACCCAGGAAGAACUUGCUCCAGAGGAUCCUCGGGAGGCACCUUGCCCACCCUCGGCAGCUCAAGCCUACAAAUUUCACUCUCCACUGAUCUUGCAAAGCAGCUCUGAGAAACAAAGAUUCCCUACAGACUUGGGAAAGGGACGCGCUGGCCAGAGCCUCAGCCUGCCAGCAGCCGGGCUCAAACGGGAGGGCAUCAGAUGUGUCACUUCACCCGGAGGAAAAACACUGAAGUGGCAUUGCCCUUGGCUGGGGCGCCAGGAGUGCUCUGCAGCAGGAGGCGCCGGGGGCUUCACGGGCUGGGGCAGCAUGCCCACCAGGCCAGAGGACAGCAGCAGCAGUGGCAGCAGCAGCGGCAGCAGCAGUGGUGCAGCUGCGUGGGGCAGGCUGGGGAGCAGAGGGGGCUGCAGGUUUGUAAC